UGCUGUUUCAGUAUCAGUCUGGUCUCUGUGCUGAACACUCUCACAUUCACUUGGUUCCAGGGAGGUUGGAUUACAACUAUUGAUCUUGCAGACAGAAACACCAGGACUCUCUCAUUCAGGAGCUACACACACUAAACCAGGAUCAACAUGGGGAGUAGUAUGUCAUGCGUCCCCCAACACAACUUCAGGUUCUCCAGCAAGAGCUUUAUACGCAGGAACAGCAGCCGACUGUUCCGGAAGAAAUACCCGCAGGAGGGACAGGAGAAGUCUAACAGCAUCAUCAACAUUCUCUGCACCGUCACCCCAAGAAAGGAAAUGUCACCCAAGGAUCUCCAAACGAUCGAGAACAUCAAAUGGGACCCCCCGUUCCCUUACGACCCAGCAAGUGGAUGGAAAAAGAGCAGCAUAAAUGUAAAGAACUACGGCAGAAUGAUCAACAGCUCCAAAGUUCGCUUUCGCUUCCUACAUUGCCAGGAUGUGCAUGACUGCUACCUGGACCUGUUCCAAACCCAUCUCCAUUUUGUCUCCAACAACACAACUGGACUGACAUACCAGGGAACACUUCCUCUCAAAGAGCUCACGAUUUGCAAGGUGCAGAACAGGAACAGCUUUGGUGAUCUGCAGGAAUUUGCAUUCCAGAUAAACGGGGUCAGCCUGAACCCUAUCAUUGUGUACUGCUCGACAGAAGAGGAGAUGAACAACUGGUUUGGGCUUCUGAAAGAACAAAUCGAGGCCAACGGUGGCAAUGCAAUCGCACUGGAGACAUACACAAGAGUUAAGCUGCAGUGUUCAGAAGAGACCACAGUAGGAAAGGAGGAGCUGAGGAACUCCAUCAGUAAAGAGCCCAUAUAUGAGUGGGAGGGUUCGCAACGAGAGAGUCUUGGACCCAUUACUUACGUCACCAAAGUCAAACUGCAACACAUGCCCUGUCAGGAGCAGUAUGACCGUCUGCUGGUGCUGUACCCCAACUAUCUCAUAAUUCUGUCAGAAGAGAGUGAUGGCCUCUUUUACAAGGGCAAACUUCCUCUCAACAUGAUCACAGUUACAACACCCUGCCAGGACAUCAAACCCAACACAUUUAUGAUUGAGGGGAAGCUGAUAAACCCCAUCAUCGUGUCCUGUCUGGACAAGAGCGAGUUCCAAGACUGGAUCCAGUAUUUCAAAAACGCUGACGUCCCAAUCCUCAGCCCUCCUCCCCCCGUGUAUGACAUCAUUUACACUCCAACACAGAAACAGGCUCCAGAGUUGGACAGGUGGAGCGCCAGCAGCCAUGGAGUUUCCGAGCCACCAAAGCAGGACAAACGCAGAUCUUAUGAGCUCCAGCUGCCCAGUGCUGAUGGCAACCCAAUUUCCCCUGGUUAUGCUGAGCCACUUUGCUUCAUUUCCAGCAGACCGACCUCAUCAGACACCCAGUAUUCAGCUCAUCUAGGCAGCAGGAGCAGCAGCUUCUCCUCUCGUGUCAGACCCGUUCCUGACCACCGUCCCAUUUCACACCACUACCCCUCCCCUCCAAAGCCAUCCUAUCUCGCCUCUGAAGGGGUCCUGUCACCAGUUUACAACACACCAUACAGUGCAAUGCAUCGCAAUGGCCCUGUUCAACGUAUUGAGAAGGCCCCGCUAGUCAAGUCAAACAGCUGGAGCACGCCACAAACAAACAUCAAACACCAACUCCUAGUUCCUCACCGCCACUCGGACUUGUUCUCCCAUCGGAAACCUCUCUCGCCCCUUUAUGACGACCCCAGCACCCCCCAAAUGUACCCACUGGAGGAGAGCUCUGCCCAGCCAUCGCACUCGUCUCGGGGCUCCGUGGAGCAGUAUCCUCCUCUCCUUCCUCCCACUUUCCGGCUGUGCACUCCUCCUCUAGGGAGGAAAAACAGACCCGGUCAGGCCCUGGAGCCCGAGGUCAACAGCGAGUGGUCAGAUGAACUACGUGCCAGAGCUGUUUCUAAACUGAAGAUACUGCCCACUCCAAACCGACAGACACAGCACAUCCACAUCUCUCAGAGAGGCUUCUCAGGUCACACUAUCAUGGAGGCGCAGCAGAUUCCUUACAGUUACUCGCCAGAUGACUCUUACCUUCAGCCAGUGGAGCCAGAUGACCUGGAAAUGGACUAUGAUAACAUAUGGGAGUUGGAGCAGGAUAACAGAAUGAUUCAGCCUCUGCCUGGAACUUCACCACACCGGACACUGGCUUACUUUGGGGCUCAGGGCCUGGGCGCAAUGACAACACAACAGAGAUGGUCAUGAAAGAGAACAAUGGGCUCAUGCCCGUCCGGACUUGCACACACUGCAGACUAAUUAAAGCCACAAAUGCACAAUGGGCAUGUCUUUACCAGCGGCCGGCAUGCCCGAGUAACAGGAUAUUCACAGUUUGUUUUGUCAGUGGCUCUGUGACAUAUUUUGCACAUGUACUGUCUUUUAAUUGUAUGGUGAUGGUUUCAGACCGCUGUAUGCAUUCGGUACGAACAAGUGUAAUGCAUUUAUGUAUAUACGAAUACAAUAUAUUUUUUUCAAAGGUAGCAUUUUGGAGCUUUGCAUAUAGUUUAGUUUGUGUACAAAUGAAAGUCCAACAAACAUGGAUAAAUACAUACCAAAUGUAAAUAUAUUCUUUUUUAUUUAAUUUUUUAAUUUAAGGUAUUGUUAUUAUUGUUAUUUUAUUAUUUAUACUUCAUUGUGGAAUUCUACUAUUUGUUCAAAAGAUGUACGUGUUCUGUAAAGGUAUUCAUUUAUAAAGAAAUACACCUUUUGCUUUGUUUAUGAAAGAGAUAAACACUGAUAAGACCCAUUUGUAACACUUUCAACUUUAUGAAUGAAUGUGUUGUUUAUUUUUUACAUUUCUGAGCGAUUAAAAUUGUAUUUUUCAAAUAAAAGUUCUCAAAACAC